AUGGCGGCUUUGUUCAUAUCAUCACACCCAGUUUUGGGGAUUAGAUUUGUGAUUGACAAAGAAGAAUGCUUCUCUCACAAUGUUGAAUUCAUUAGAGAUACCAUUUAUCUCUCUUUUGUUGUCGUUAGCGUUCAUACCUGGCGACAUCAUGCUCACAACGGCGUUGAUCUUUUGGUGAAAGGGCCUUUAGGGGAGAGAAUUGAAGAAAUUAGAGGGAAAACAAGUGAGAAAUUUGAGUUUAUUUCUCUUAGAAAAGGGCGAUAUCACUUCUGCUUCAUCAACAACUCACCUCACCAAGAGACCAUAGAAUUUGAUAUCCAUAUCAAUCAUUACUAUGAGUUCUAUGAUGAUGAUGAACAACAUGUAAAAGAUGAACAUUUGAGCCCUUUAUUGGCUCAAAUAAAGAAGUUGGGAGAAACCUUAGGCGUUAUUGAGUUUGAACAGCAAUGGUUAGAGGCACAGACAGAGCGACAAGCCAAAGUGAAUGAAGCAAUGAGCACAAUGGCGAUUCUUAAGGCUGUUCUCGAAUCAGCAGCGCUCAUCGGUGCAAGCAGUCUUCAAGUUUUCCUUUUACGUCGCCUGUUCGAGAAAAAAGUUGGAAGCCUGUAUUCGAGCACCUACAGAAUAUAAUCUCAUAUCCAAGGCAGAUUCAAACUCCAGCAGACAUACAACAAGCAUGGCAGAACAAGUGUUGGAAAGGUUGAGGAGUUUUUUUUUUGUUUCUCUGUUUUUAAUGAAACUAAAAGAAGUCAUCGAAUUUGGUUUAGAGCUAAAACUAUUCAUCCUUAUAAGA